GCGGGGUCUCAGCUCCUACUUCAUUCUACUGCCGAGACCGGAGGAUGUUCCCUGCCCAGGAGGAGGCCGACAGGACCGUAUUUGUGGGGAAUUUAGAGGCCCGAGUUCGGGAAGAGAUUCUGUACGAGCUGUUCCUUCAGGCGGGGCCACUAACCAAAGUGACUAUAUGCAAAGACAGAGAAGGAAAGCCAAAGUCUUUUGGAUUUGUCUGCUUUAAACACCCAGAAUCAGUGUCUUAUGCCAUAGCUUUGCUGAAUGGAAUUCGUUUAUAUGGAAGACCAAUUAACGUGCAGUAUCGAUUUGGGAGUUCUCGCUCUUCUGAACCAGCUAACCAAAGUUUUGAGAGCUAUCUUAAGAUAAAUUCACAUAACUACAGGAAUGAAGAAAUGGUGGUGGGCAGAUCUUCCUUUCCCAUGCAGUAUUUUCCAAUUAAUAAUACUUCUUUACCUCAAGAAUAUUUUCUCUUUCAGAAGAUGCAGUGGCAUGUGUAUAAUCCAGUGCUGCAGCUUCCUUACUAUGAAAUGACAGCUCCACUUCCUAAUAGUGCAUCUGUGUCUUCCUCACUGAAUCAUGUUCCAGAUCUUGAGUCUGGACCCAGCUCAUAUAAAUGGACUCACCAACAACCAAGUGACUCUGACCUUUAUCAGAUGACAGCUCCACUUCCUAAUAGUGCAUCUGUGUCUUCCUCACUGAAUCAUGUUCCAGAUCUUGAGGCUGGACCCAGCUCAUAUAAAUGGACUCACCAACAACCAAGUGACUCUGACCUUUAUCAGAUGAAUAAACGAAAGAGACAAAAGCAAACAAGUGAUAGUGAUAGUAGCACAGACAACAACAGAGGCAACGAAUGUAGCCAAAAGUUCCGAAAGUCUAAGAAGAAGAAAAGAUACUAGUAUUACCUACAAAUGAAACUUACCUACACUGAUCUUAGUUCUCUUAUGAAAAAAAUAAGAUGUUAUUCCAUCAAAUAACCAAUGUCAUGGCUAUCUUGUCUUUUGAAAUAUAUAGUAAUAAGACUUAUCUCUGGUUUGCUGUUCAGUUUUUGCCUUGAACGACAAAAGCUUUCUAAAAAUAAUAUAAUGUACCACUUUUUGUAUUUGUCAUGAUAUUUUUGACCCAUUGGCAAUAAAUAGACUAUUGUCAUUUUAUUAGUACCAAUGAUGAAAUUUCACCAAACUAUUAAUCAAAAGUCACUUAUUGAACACAUUGAUAAAGCAUCAUGUUCCCUUUGAUUAUCCGCUGUAACCAACACUCAACUACAAAUAGGCUGGGAUUAAAUGUGGAGUGGUGGAUUUCCUGAAAGAAAGUAGUGCAGAUAUUUAAGGAUUGCAUAUUAUUCCUAAUGAGGAUGUAAUAAACAGGCAUUAGUACCCCUUUCUUGUAGUACCUAAAUAUGUUGUUUCUGAGCCAUAUUCUUCUUCAGGUUUAUUUUAUAAAGUGAGGACAUAUGAUAAUGAUACCAAAGGAAAGAUAAUGAUCAUGAAACCAACUUUUGGAUCAUUCCCUUUUUAUACAAUUGUGUAUUUAUAGGGAUACCUGCCUCUUCUCACAUAUUAAUUGUAUGUCAUUAAAAUCAGUUGGCUAUGUCAGUGUGUAUUAUUCACCUCUUUCGCUAGCAAGGUUUGAGAUGAUAUAUUAACAUUUAAAUAGUGAAAAUGAGCAAGUAAAUAGAAUAAUAUUAAUGUAUGAUAUGUAAUACUUAUUGUCUAAAUCAAGUUUCCUAUUUUUGGCUAAUUUAUUUUAGAAGAAAAGUAAAAUUCAUUAUUUGGGCAUUUUUGUUUAUAGCUCAUUACAAACUAGAGUGAUGAAUAUAUAUAUUUACUAAAGCUAAUUGAAAGAGUCAUGCAACUCAAUUGGGAAUUAACCACUCAAUUCAAUAGUAAAAGCCAUGCUUGGAUGUUUCUUUUGCAUGUUGCCUAGCAUUUUAUAGAUAUUUAUUAUUUAAAAAAAUAAAGAUAUGUUUUUAAUGAA